GACCCCAAAUUUCAUUGACUUUGACAAGAUCUUCACCAUACAUAUACAACUCGAACUCUCCAAUUUUCCCAAAUCCCUUAUCUAAAUCGAUUUCUCUUCUCCCUAUCUCUCUUUUUUCUGAAACCUAAAUGGAGCAAAGGACUCUGGAGCUGGAGCUGGUCUCCGCCAAGGACCUGAAGGACGUGAACCUCAUCUCCAAGAUGGACGUCUACGCCGUCGUCUUCCUCGACGGCGACGCCUACUACGGCAAGCAGAAGACCAAGACCAAAGCCGUCCGCGCCUGCGGCACCAACCCCACCUUCAAUUUCCCCAUGAGGUUCACCGUCGACGACACUCUCACCCAACAGAACCGCCUCUCCCUCCAAGUCAAGCUCGUCUGCGAGCGCAGCCUCGGCGACAAGGACAUCGGCGUCGUUUACGUCCCCGUCAAGGAGCUCUUCGACUCCGCCGACCCCAAGAACAUGAAGUUCAUAUCGUACCAGGUCCGACGACCCUCCGGGAAGCCCAAGGGCGAGCUCAGCUUUUCUUAUAAAUUUGGGGAGAAGGUCGCCGCGCCGGUGCCGGAGGUGGCCAAGAAAGGGGAGCCGGUGACGGCUUAUCCGGUUGGAGGACCGUCCGCGCCGGCGUACGGGGCGUACCCUCUUCAGGCGACGAGUUCGUCCGGGUCGGGUUACCCGCCGCCUCAACCCGGGUAUGGCUACCCGCCGCCGCCGCCUGGGGCUGGAUACCCGGAAGCGCCUCAACCGGGUUACGGGUACCCACCGCAGCAACCGGGCUACGCUUACCCGCCUCAGCAGCCCGGGUACGGGUACCAACCGCCGCCGCCGGGUUACGGGUACCCGCCGGUGCAGCAAGUGCAGCAACCGGCAAAGAAGAAGAGCAAGUUGGGAAUGGGAUUGGGCGCUGGGUUGCUAGGAGGUGCCCUUGGUGGGUUGUUGAUUGGAGAUAUGAUUUCCGAUGGAGGCGGUGGAUGCGGUGGCGGCGGCUGCGGCGGCGGCGGUUGCGGUGGCUUUUGAUUUGGGAAUCGUUAUGUUGGUUUUGUUUAGAUUUUAUAGUACUCUUUUCGUUUUGUUUGGAUUCCGAAUCCUACGAGUCUAUGACAUUUUCAUUUACUGAAUGUUCAACACAGCGUUUCGUAUAUACAGUUCUUUUUUCUCUA